AUGACUUGGAACAUCCCAGAUGACGCCUUUGCACGAUCCGUUGCCACUUUCGAAGGGUUUUGCCAAUUGCUCUUGUUUCAGGACAUAGUUGACGUGUCCUUCCUGGUGGAUCUUUCAGCCCUUUCUUUAGAGCCAGAAGCCAUCGAGUUGGACAUACUGUAUGAAGAUGACGACUUGUUGAUCGUGAACAAACCGUCUGGCAUGGUCGUGCAUCCUGCCCCGGGCAAUUGGACCGGGACACUGGUGAAUGCAGUGUUGCAUCAUUUUGGUUUCUCAUCUGAAGAUGUCCAUCGAUUGCCCACUGCUUGUGGAGCUGGGCCAACCCCUGCUGAGCUUCGCCCGGGCAUUGUGCACCGAUUGGAUGUGGGCACCACUGGUGUGAUCGCUGUAGCAAAGACCGUCGCAUCCUUCUCGGUGCUGAGCCAAGCAUUUGCUGAGCGUGAAGUGCAAAAGACCUACCUCGCCCUUGCGCUGGGUGGACGCAAGUGCUUCCUGGGGCAUCCCCCGGGUGGUGGCUAUGUCGUUGACAAAGCAAUUGCGCGAUCCAAGUCCAAUCGACGCAUCAUGGGCGUUGCAGAGACUGGUGGUCGGCCAGCCUUAAGCCGUGUGAGAGCUCUUGCGAAGGAUCGAGAGAAGAUGUUCGUGGAAGUGAAGCCACGGACCGGGCGGACGCACCAGAUUCGUGUGCACUUGGCCUCGGAACACACGCCCAUCCUUGGGGACGAGACCUAUGGCUGGCAGCACAUCAAUCGAAGAGCAGAUGUGCAAAGGCCCAUGCUGCAUGCAUAUGAACUCUCCUUGAACCAUCCCAGCACUGGCGAAACGAUGACCUUUCGAGGAUCGAUGGAGCCCUUCCGCUGCUUCGGCGCCUUGGUCAGCGCUGCUGCUUACGCUGCGUCAGGCGCUCGGGUCAACGGGGCACGGCAUAGCGAUGCCGUGGCGAAGAGCACGACGCGCAGGGCCGCUGAACGGGCCCCCGACCUCGGCAUCAGCACCGAGCAGCCUUCCGCCAACCAGGUCGUGGAGGUGCUUGGCCAGCAAGACCUGGAGUCGUUUCCUCGUCUACAGCGCCCUUUUGUGGACAGGACUUGGUUGAUGGCGAAGGCCGGAAACGGAGGAAAUCCUGCGCCCAAUGCCUUGAGACGGCCGCAUUUGCCCAAAGGGCCCGGCUAUGGUGGGCAUGGAGGCAGUGUGAUACUCAAAGCGACGACGCAGAUUGAGAGCUUCCUGGAUAUUCCGCAGAAGGUCACUGCACCCCAUGGCGCUGACGGUCACGACACCCGACGAGGUCGUACAGGGGAUGAUCUCUACUUGCAGGUGCCUUUGGGCACCAUUGUGCGGGAGCGCAUCUUCAGUGGCUACACAACAGAGGAAGGCCGGCGGAUCUUCCUGCCGCAGUUCCGCUACCAGUUCCUCCGGCACUUGGACACCUAUGUUGUGGCCAAGGGCGGCAUUGGUGGUAUUGGACCCAAGUCCUUUAAGAAAGGCGACAUGCGAAGGGGUACUCCUGGGCAAAGGACACGGCUCGAGCUGGAGCUCCGUGUUUUGAACGACGUGGCAUUGCUGGGUUUGCCCAAUGCAGGGAAGACCUCCUUGCUGGCCGCCAUGAGCCGAGCUCAUACGAGGAUUGGACCGGAGGAGUUCAGCACCACCCGGCCACAUGUGGGAGUGAUUUGCUUCCGUGAUCGAGUUGAAGUGAGAGUCUGCGAUUUGCCUGGGCUCAAGCAUGGAGCUCACCAGGACAAAUUGAUGGGUCGUCGAAUUCUGCGGCAUACCUACCGCUCGAGAGCACUGGCUUUCGUGGUCAAUGUGGCGCGAGGAGAGAAAUCGGAGGAGGAUGUUCUGGAAGAGGUGGAGAUGCUGCGCCAGGAAGCAAUUCAAUUCGAUCCUUUGAAUGCCGAAAAGCCCUGGAUGGUCAUUGGAACCAAGUGUGACAUGCUUCAUCGUGAUCCAUUGUUCCACUUGGACUCGCUCUUCUACCGCCUUCGCGCGCGGUAUGAGGAUGAAAUCCCAGUGGUUGGCACCUCUUCGCGCUUCGGCUUGGGGCUCACGCGAUGUGUCAGGACCUUGCGCCAACUGGUGUACCCCGACAUGUUGGAGCCUCGCUAUCGCCUCGGAGCUGACCCAAUCCUGAAAGAGCACCCGAAGGUGCUUCACCUCCCUUACGAAGGGCCUCUUCCCUCAUUGGGUGAGUACCAGUCGCCCACUGCUGGCGCCCUGCCAGCCAUCGUGCAGCCAAAGAAGCUGGAGCCAUAG